GUCGGAGAGGCGAGCGCUUAAAUGACGGGGACGAACCCUGUUUUGGCUUGGGGACCCCAAGAGAGCCAUCGGCAGAAUUGCCCCGUUGCGCUCUGUUGCGCCUCCCCCCACCCCCCUCCUCCCCUUCCAUCCCCAUGAGCUCCCCCCAGUUCUCCAUUACCUUCGGAUCGCUCGCCCCGUUCCGAUCGUUUUGAUUUAUAUUCGAAGAUCUGAGGGUUCGGGGAUGGGGGUGUCGGUGGAUAACAUUCGGGGGCUCGUGUUGGCCAUGUCGUCCAGUAUUUUCAUCGGAUCGAGCUUCAUCGUGAAGAAGAAGGGGCUGAAAAGAGCAGGGGCUUAUGGAGUCAGUGCAGGAUCGGGAGGUUUCUCAUACUUGUAUGAGCCUCUAUGGUGGGCUGGAAUGCUGACCAUGAUACUUGGUGAGGCAGCUAACUUUGCUGCCUAUGCAUUUGCUCCCGCAAUUCUUGUGACUCCUCUUGGAGCACUUAGUAUAAUUGUCAGUGCAGUGCUGGCUCAUUUCAUGUUGAAUGAGAAACUGCACAUAUUUGGUGUCCUUGGAUGUGUUCUUUGUGUUGUGGGUUCUACCAGUAUUGUUUUACAUGCUCCAAUAGAAAAAGACAUUGAGUCAGUUAAGGAAGUGUGGUACCUUGCCACUGAACCAGGCUUUAUUUCUUAUGCUUGUGUGGUCCUGUUCUUGGUCAUUUUCUUCAUUGUCCAGCUAGUUCCUCGUUAUGGUCAAACACAUAUGGUGAUAUAUGUUGGAAUUUGCUCACUCAUGGGUUCCUUGACGGUUAUGAGUGUAAAAGCAGUGGGCAUUGCUUUAAAGCUAACUUUUUCGGGGAUGAAUCAAUUUGUCUAUGUCCAGACUUGGAUUUUCAUACUUGUCGUAGUAAUGUGUUGCCUCAUGCAGAUGAAUUAUCUGAACAAGGCACUUGACACCUUUAAUACUGCUGUCAUAUCCCCGGUUUACUAUGUAAUGUUCACUUCUCUCACCAUAUUUGCUAGCAUGAUCAUGUUCAAGGAUUGGGACUCACAGAAUGCUUCACAGAUAGUAACAGAGAUUUGCGGGUUCAUCACAAUACUCUCUGGGACUUUCCUUCUGCACAAGACAAUGGACAUGGGAGUGAAGCCGCCCUCAGAACCUACACCUCCAAACAACUUAUAGCAUUCACAGCAGCACAGACUAUCAUUUCUUCUUUCCUUCUUUGAUCAAUAUUAGUGUCAAGCAACACCUUAACGCUCAGAUCCUCUGGGAAUACAACUCCCUCACCAGCCAAGCAACAUCAUUUGCAAAUUGUUCUUGAGACUACUUCAUUGAAAGCCAUGCAACAAUUGCAGAGAAAGAGAGAGAACAUCAUGAGAUUUAUAGGAAGAUGAUGGUUCCUAGUACAUUGUGGAGACAUCCUACGUUGUGAUUCUUUGUUCUGGACUUUGAUGUGCUUGUAUGUUAUUGGUGGAAUGACAAAGAGUGUAUGUUGAGAGUCCAGAUUCACUCGGAGUGCAUCUAUCCAUUUUUGUAUUUGAGCUUGAUCUGCAGAUGGAAAUUUACAAUUGUCUUGAUCC